AUGAAAAUAUUUUUUAUAUUUGUCUUCAUUAUAAUUCUUUAUCAAUGCAUUCAUUUAACGAGAUCAGCAGAAUUGAAAGAAAAAUCAGUAAAACUCUCAUAUUUAGAAUUAGUUAAAGAGCGACGAUCGAUAAAUGAAAAAAAACUUGCUCCAUUUAAUGAUAUAGUUGGUAUGGCUUCAUCAAAUGUAAUUGCUUAUUCGAAUGGUAAUGAUACGUAUUAUUCAAAUGAAGAUAAUUAUCUUUAUGGAAUAUAUAUGGGAUUAAAAUGGCAAUGUGUUGAAUAUGCACGUCGAUGGACUUUCUUACGUAAAAGUUCAACAUUUGAAAGUAUUCCAGGAGCUAAUGAUAUGUGGAAUCAAUUGAAAUAUGUUGAAAGAAUUAUUGAUGCAGAAAAAUUUCCAUUAAAAAAACAUUCAAAUGGUUGUCCAAAUCGUCCAAUAAAUGAAUCCUAUUUAAUUUAUCCAAUUCAAAAAGAUAUGCCUUAUGGACAUGUUGCUGUUAUUGUUGAUGUUUUACCUAAUUCUAUUAGAAUUGCUGAACAAAAUUUUAAUUUUAAUUAUUGGUCAUACAAUUAUUCUCGAGAGAUUCCAGUUACUUUUAAAAAUGAUCUUUAUUUUAUUCAAGAUCAAUAUGAAGUUUAUGGAUGGAUCGAAAUUGAUGAUAAUCAGCAAUUAAUGCCAUUCGAUCCAUUAACUGUAGAUAAAAUUCAAAUGAAAUUAAAUGAAAAUUUAGAUUUGAAUUCUUCUGCACAAAAAUCUAUUUCUAUUAAUUAUUUAUUUCUCUUUUACUUUUUUCUUGUUCAUAUGAGGCUUAUUGAAUAUUUAUUUUGA